CGAAACCAAAGGGCGACAGAAACAAAGAACAUUUUAGAAGCAAGAUAAUCACUUCCUUACUCGCAACAGCUGUAGUUGCUGCAACAUAGCUCGCGGCGCUAAAAAAUGAAAUAAUGAAAAAGACCCGACAAACUAUAAGCUAUAUAAACUAUAAACUUUUAAAUAUUCGUUAUUAGGCGAUGGACGAUAAACUCUUGUUGAAUGACACAUUUGGUGGCUCGUUGCUAGCUACUUCCGCGCACUCAAACAAAUUAUCAUCUUGACCAACUAUCUUUGUUUUUGUAAAAAAAAGUUUUGCUUUGCUAAAAUUAGGUCGCGCUGCAAAAGAAACAGGAAAGAGAAGUUAACUUGCUCAACUUUGCAUGCGUGUCAGUGUCACCUUGUCAAGAUGAAGCUGAGUGGCGUCUUGGCGUGUGUGUUUGCGGUUUGUUCUGGGGUGUGUUGGGGGGACACCCCGGCCAACUGCACCUACGAGGACCUGUUGGGGACAUGGGUGUUCCAGGUUUCCCGUGGGGGGCACGACAAGACCAUCAACUGCUCCGCUGAAGGCACAGGUGAGAGCAUGGUGACAGUGACCCUUGAGAAGCUGUCUGUGGCCAAAGACGAGCUGGGAAACAGCGGCUUCUUCACCCUAAUCUACAACCAGGGUUUUGAAGUCGUCAUCAAUGGCUACAAAUGGUUUGCAUUCUUCAAGUACACUGAAGAAGGCCCGAAGGUGACCAGCUAUUGUGACCAUACGCUACCAGGAUGGGUGCAUGAUGUCCUGGGCAACAACUGGGGCUGUUUUGUUGGGAAGAAAAUGAAACCAGUAGCAGCACAGGUUUACAAUAAACCAGUCUUGAGCUCCAGGCUCCUCAACAGGCCUUUUACACCGAACCACGGCGUCAUUGAGUUCAUUAACUCGGCCCAGAAAUCUUGGAAGGCUGUCUCCUACCCAGAAUAUGAGAUGUACUCGCUGCAGGAGCUGCACUACAGAGCAGGAGGACCCGCCUCCCGCAUUCCUGUCCAUGUGCGCCCGACACCCGUAACAGCCCAAGUAGUCAAGCUGGCAGCAGCUCUGCCAAAGCACUGGGACUGGAGGAACGUCGAUGGCGUGAACUUUGUCAGCCCUGUGCGAAACCAAGCUUCAUGCGGUAGCUGCUAUUCCUUCGCCUCCAUGGGGAUGUUAGAGGCUCGCAUCCGAAUCCUAACCAACAACAGUGAGGCACCCGUACUCAGCCCCCAACAAGUGGUCUCCUGCUCCGAAUUUUCCCAAGGUUGUGAUGGUGGAUUUCCAUAUCUGUUGGGAAAGUACGUCCAGGACUUUGGUAUUGUGGAUGAAUCUUGUUUUCCAUAUGUUGGAAAGAACACUCCGUGCGGCCUCCCUCAAAACUGCGGCCGCACCUACGUAGCGGAGUACAGCUAUGUGGGAGGAUUUUAUGGUGGCUGCAGUGAGGCUGCCAUGAUGCUGGAACUGGUCCAGAACGGCCCUAUGGCGGUGUCCUUUGAGGUGUACCCAGACUUCAUGCAUUACAAGGACGGCAUCUACCACCACACGGGCAUAUCCGACUCUUUCAACCCUUUUGAGCUGACCAACCACGCCGUGCUUCUGGUUGGCUACGGCCGCUGUCACAUGACUGGCCAGAAGUACUGGCUUGUUAAGAAUAGCUGGGGCACCAGCUGGGGAGAUGGUGGCUACUUCCGAAUCCGCCGGGGAAGUGAUGAGUGUUCCAUUGAAAGCAUCGCAGUUGCAGCCAAGCCUAUACCCAAACUCUAGAGGCCUUCUUUUAAUUAUUUUUUUAGGAUGCGCUGUAAGGGAGCUCUCAUUCGAGCUGCAUUUUCAAACCCACACAUUGUUUUUUACUGCAUGCGUGGGUUGACACUUUAAUGACUUAACAGUAUUCUAAAAUGGAAAUCGCAAGUAUGCUGAUUAGUUUCGGUUUCAGGUCCACUUGCAAAAAGCACCUUCACAAGUGGGUUAUGAUUUUAAAAUUACAUGUGAUGUUUUUAAAAACCAAUUGAUUUCUCCUCAGUGAUUGACGAUUUUUAGUGUGGGUUGUACCCACCGGAUUUGAAGCUGUAACUGUGUAAAAAGAUUGGUCAGAUGAAAUUAGUUUGUAUAUUCUGCCUGUCAGGGUCUUGUUUGUCUCAGGGAAACCCAAUACAUGUUCUUUUGUUAAUGUAUCAUUUUGAAAACAUUUACUGUUCAUGUGCUUUUAAAACUAGUAAAGGGAGACCAUAAUUGAAAGAAAAAGUCUGUGAAAAAAAUAUGCGCAAUGCUUUGAUGUGAUGAUGUGAACAAGCAAACUGCUGUUAAGAAAUUACAGGAACACUUUGAAGCAGCCCACUCACACACUUUGGUAAGAGUUACAUUACCGUAAUUUUCGGACUAUAAGUCGCGUUUCUUUUCAUAGUUUGGGUGAGGGGGCGACUUAUACUGAGGAGCGAUUUAUGUGAAUUUUUUCAAAAAGUUUCAAAAAAAAAAGUGAAACCGCAAUGUAGCAAGGGAUUACUAUAAUUUGAAUUUCAAGUGACGUCACCAGCGCGGCGUGGCGCGGCGGUUGUUUAUAAAAAGGACGAAGCUUGAUCACGAGACGACGAAGGGCCCCACAUACUACCGGCAUCAUUAGCGGCUUUGUUUGUAAGUGACACGGAGGACAAAGAGUUUGAAGGGUUUAAUGAUUUGGAGUGACACAGAAGAUUUGAAAACUAUUAUGACUUUUACGCACGCCCGGUCCUACACUACGGAGCUCUCUUUAACCUCCGUGGAUGGAAGUCGGCCGGGUGGCCGUCCAGGGACGGUGGAUGGGGCUCGGACAUGGCUUUUAUGCACGCCUGGUCCGAUGCUAUGGAGCUCUCUUCCACCUCCGUGGCUGAAAGUGCCACCUGCGGGGAUGGAAGUCCACGCCGCCACACGCCUGGAAGUCGACGCCGGUGCUUGGGGCCGUGUGGCCGUUAACUAUUUAUGUUAUAGUUAUUUGAUAUAUUUUAUUUCGUGUAGCAACUUGUAUAUGUUUUUAUCGUUACAGUUCAGUAGUUGUUGGCUCGUUGAACUCUUGUUUUGUUAAAUAAAGAGCCGUUUACCAAA